AUGUCAAAAAUGGAUCCACUCUUAAAAUUAAGAUAAAAACAAUAAAGAGAGUUGUAACAUCUCAUGGAAUAUGAAAAAUAAUUAAGAGAUAAAGAAAUUAGAAAUUCGCAACUGCUAUUGAAAAAAAAAGAUAAAUUUUAAGACAUCUCUAUGAAAUAAUUAAAAUUCAAAGAAGAUUUAAAAUAAAAAGCUGAAUAAAAAAGAAUAGAGUUUGAAAAAAAUUUAAGUCAAGCUAAAAUGAUUGAAUUAGAAUAAUUAAAAGUAAAGAUAUAUAUUUAAUAAUUAUAGUAAUCAUAACUUCAAGUUAAUAAAACUAUUGAAACAGUUACAAAAUUUGAAAAUGAAUAUUAAAAAGAAUAAUUAGAUUUUUUACUAAAAAAGAAAUCAGAACAUAAUUAUUAAAUUGAAUAAGUAUUAGAAAAUAAAAAAAAAAUUGAAAAUAAGAAGUUAAAAGAGUUAAGUCAAUCUUUAGAUGCUAAAUUUAAAUCUUCAUAAGAAGUAUAAAUUAUUAUAAAUAUUAAUUAGUUAUAAGAUAAUUUGAAUAAAUAAUUAAGUGAUAGAUAGAAAUAAGAAUAAUAAAAAUAAUAAACAUAUUUUAAAUAAGUUGAAGAAUAACAAUAAAAUUUAUAAAAAGAGAGAAUGAGAAAAGGAGAAAUGUUUGAUGAAAAACUUGAUAAAGUUGAAAAAUUAAAAUAAGAAAAAGAAAAAGAAUUGAAAGAAAGAUAAAGACUUAGAUUAGAGGCUGAAAAAUAAAAAGAAUCAUUAUCUAAAGAAUUUUAAGAAGAGAUUGUGGUAAUUAAUUAAAAAUAUAUUUAAGAAAAUGUAAAAGUAACAUUUCCGCAAACAAAUUUCGACAUGA